GCAAGCUGGACUAUGUUCUGUAAACUCCAGUCCUCUGGCCAGGCAGCCCCAGCAACAGGACAGGCGUCCUGCCAUCACUGCUCCUGUGUGUCGGGGUCAGAGGAGAGGAGGGUUGGAGGCCAGCGAGGAGCAAAGACCCUCUGCAGGUCCCUCUGCAUGUCUGCUUGUCCCGUCCCCUGGGAGUGAUGCUGUUUUGGCACAACCAGCCGGAGCACCUGUGGCCCAGCCCUGGGGAACUGUACUCUGGGCCCCCAAGUAGCCUGCUCAGGGAGCCCCUGCCCCUGCCCUACCUGAAGCAGGAGGAGCUGCCCGGUGCUCCCGGCUUGGAGCCUGCCGGCCCCGCAUUCCAGUACGUGCUCUCUGCAGCCACCUCACCAGCUGUGAAGCAGCAGGAGGAGGCCCUCACCUACCUGAACCAGGGCCAGUCCUACGAGGUGCAGAUGCUCUGCACCUCUAAGCACAGUGAUGCCACCCAGGGGUGCCGGCUGCUGAAGAGUGUGGCGCGUGUGGUGUUCCACGACCGGCGCCUGCAGUACACGGAGCAGCAGCAGCUGGAUGGGUGGAGAUGGAGCCGGCCCGGGGACCGCAUCCUGGACAUCGAUGUGCCGCUGUCUGUGGGGCUGAUAGAACCACAGGCGCCGCCCUCACAGCUCAACGCGGUGGAGUUUCACUGGGACCCCACCAAGAGGACCUCCCUCUUCCUGCAGGUUCACUGCAUCAGCACUGAGUUCACUCCUCGGAAAAAAGGUGGAGAGAAAGGCGUCCCCUUCCGCCUCCAGAUUGACACUUUCAAGCCCAGUGACAAGGAGCUUCCAGCUGAACACCUGCAUUCAGCUGGCUGCCUCAUCAAGGUGUUCAAGCCCAAAGGAGCUGACCGCAAACUGAAAACUGACCGGGAGAAGAUGGAGAAGCAGCCCCUGCACGAGAGAGACAAGUAUCAGACUGCCUGUGAGAGCACGGUCUUUGUGGAGUGUUCACCAUGGCCAGAGCCCAUUGCAGGACCCUACCAGCCUCUCAGCCCUCUGACCUCCCCCCACUCCUGCAAGCUCCUGUCCCCGGAGAGGUUCUGCGGCUCACCCCCAUUCAUCUUGGAUACCUUGGGGGGCAGCCCCGCUGAGGACCUGAACCCUGGAGCUUCCAUCCUAGAGACGCAGCAGUGGUUACACUGGCACAGGUUCUCCAGCUACUGCCGGACUCUAGCCAAUUUCACUGGCACCGAUCUGCUGAAGCUUUCCCGGCAGGACCUCAUCCAGAUCUGUGGGGCCGCCGACGGGAUCCGCCUUUUCAAUACUCUCAGAGCCAGGCCCAUCCGUCACCGGCUGACUUUAUAUGUGGCUCAGGAGGCCUCUAGGCAAGAGAAUGAGGUUUCUAAGAACCCUGACUCAGGUGGUCCUGGACUCUUCUCUUCAAGAACAAAUUCAGGCUUUUAUCAAGAGAUUUCUCUGGAUGAACUCAGUGCCAUAGAGCUGAUGGGCAAACUGGCAGAGCUCUUGGCCCUCCCGGCCAAUCAGAUCCACCGCCUCUUCCACCAGGGCCCUGGGGGGAUUCUCAUUCUCCUCAGCGACCAGGUGGUUCAGAAUCUUAAGGAUGAAUCAUACUUUGUGGCUGUGGUGAAGAAAGUGCAGAAUCCAGAUGGCUACUACCUGGUCCUGGCCUAGGCCCAGGGGUGCCCUGCUGCAGUGGAGACCAACACCAGCCUGGUUCUCCUGGGCCGUGCUCACCAGAAAAUCCAGGUGAAGGCUCCACUCCAGGUGAAGAGCCAAACCACCCUGCAUCCCUCCCCUGGGGAGGCAGCCGGCAGCUCCCGGAGGAGCGGAGCUGGCCAAGGCCUGGGGCAAAAACGCAGGAAAUGGAUUUGAUGAACUUCUGCCCCUUACUUUGUGUUUAAAAUUUUACUUGCCCCUUUCAUUUUUGCAAAUGUGCGCGUGUGUGUGCGCGUGCGAGCGCGCGCGCGCGCGCACACACACACACACACACACACACACACUAAAUGCUUGUUCAAGUUUCUGGGUGGAAUGGUCCUCUUGGAGAACAUCCUCUGCCGAAACCGUAGACUAGGGCGAGGGAUGGAGUCUGGGACAAAGGAAUAAAUAACGGUGGCUGAUGUACUUUUUUCAAUUAGUUUCGGCAAAAACUAUUCACUAAUUAGUUUCAGCAAAAACUAUUCACUGCAGCCUCCAAAAGACCAUUCAACUACCAAAUCACUGUGCUUGUUUGACUGUGGUUCCAGAUAUUUGGGAAAUACCAGAGCUAUUCUUGAACACUGAGGCCAUAGGAUUUUAUUUUUAAAAUGUAAUUGAAUUUAUUCAUCUUUUUAUUUAUAGGUCUUAAGAAGUCUUUCCCUACAUUAAGGUCAUAAAUGCAAACUUUUUUCAAAGUUUACAUUUUAAUUUUGCAUUUUACUUUUAGAUAUGUAAUCCAUCUGAAACUGAUUUUCUGGUGUAUAUUUU